GUGGUUCGAGCGCAUCUCGAUUCUGGUUAUCCUGUUGAACUGCAUCACCCUGGGCAUGUACCAGCCCUGUGUGGACGAUACCUGCUUGAAGCCGCGCUGCAAAAUAUUGCAGAUCUUCGAUGACAUCAUCUUUGCCUUCUUCGCCCUGGAGAUGACCAUCAAAAUGGUGGCCAUGGGCAUGUGCGGCAAGAACACCUAUUUGGCUGACUCGUGGAAUCGACUGGACUUCUUCAUAGUGCUGGCCGGGCUGCUGGAGUACGUGAUGCAUGUGGAGAACCUGAACCUGACUGCGAUACGCACGAUCCGAGUGCUGCGGCCGCUGCGCGCCAUCAAUCGCAUACCCAGCAUGCGAAUCCUGGUGAUGCUGCUGCUGGACACGCUGCCCAUGCUGGGCAAUGUGCUGCUCCUCUGCUUCUUCGUGUUCUUCAUCUUUGGCAUUAUCGGCGUGCAGCUCUGGGAGGGCAUCCUGCGGCAGCGCUGCACUCUGGAGCGACCCGAGGGCAUGAUCUAUCCCAUAACGUAAGCG